AGCAGCAGCAACACGACUCAUAACAUGGUGUUGGUCGAGAGAGCUCCUCCGUUUAUGUGCACCUUGAUCUUUGCCACGCUUUUGGCUUUGCAAUGUCUCGGUGGUUUCGCUGCUUCGUCUCAAGUUUCAGCGGAGGAAGCGAAAAAGUUGCACAUCGUCUACCUUGGGGAGAGACAACAUGAAGACGCUGAUCUUGUCACUGCCUCGCACCAUGACUUUCUGGCGUCAGUUCUCGGGAGCAAGGAAGCUGCUGCCGAGUCAAUCAUCUACAGUUACAAGCAUGGAUUCUCUGGCUUUUCUGCAAUGCUCACUGAAUCACACGCGACGAAAAUCAGAGGGCUACCUGGCGUGGUGAGCGUGAGGAUAAACCAAAUGCAUAACACGCAUACUACUCGCAGCUGGGAUUUCAUGGGACUGCCCUACAACCAACCAAACGGACUGCUGGCGAAUGCCAAAAUGGGGGAUGAUAUCAUCAUCGGCAUCAUUGACUCAGGCAUUUGGCCAGAAUCGUUGAGCUUUGAGGAUGAUCGAUAUGGACCCCCACCUCCAAAAUGGAAGGGAAUCUGCCAGAGCGGUGACUCCUUUGGCCCCAAGAAUUGCAAUGGCAAGAUUAUUGGUGCACGAUGGUAUGCCGAUGAUGUGGAUAAGACUCAACUCAGUGACGAGUUCUUGUCACCCCGAGAUGCUAACGGCCAUGGCAGCCAUGUCGCAUCGACGGCUGCAGGAAAUCUUGUGCACAAUGUUAGCUUACAUGGGCUGGCGCCCGGGGCUGCGAGAGGUGGCGCCCCCCGUGCCCGUAUUGCAGUUUACAAGGCCUGCUGGGGCAUUUGGUCAGGCCAACUCAUCUGCAGUGAGGCAGCCAUUGCCAAAGCAAUAGAUGACGCAAUCCAUGAUGGGGUCGAUGUCCUAUCUCUCUCCAUGGCAGGUCCUUUAUUUAUGCCAGCCACAUUGCAUGCCAUUGCAAAGGGAAUACCGGUUGUGUACUCAGCGGGAAAUUCUGGGCCGUCUGCUGAGACAGUGCAAAAUAUGGCACCAUGGCUUCUCACUGUUGCAGCAACCACAACUGAUCGGCUAUUCCCCACAACCAUCACUCUUGGAAGUGGCCAGAAGCUUGUGGGACAAUCUUUGUUCACGGAUGUGAAAGAGGCAAAUAGGUUUCACAAGCUGGAGCUCUACUUGAACAACAUGUGUAACGAGACUCAAGUGAACACUACAGCCAUAAAAGGGAAGAUUGUUCUUUGCUUUACAACCAAUAACAUUUUGCCUGUGGAAAAAUUGGUUCAAGUGGCAUUAUCAGUGAGGCUUAAUGGUGGACGAGCUUUCAUAUACACCCAGCAUAGCACGGACCUUCUUGAUAUUUGUGGAGCUAUUGCCAUGGGCAUUCCGUGUGUCGCUACCAGUAGAGAGAUCUCCUACCAGAUAUACCAAUACUACAGCACGAGUCAAAGCUCAGAAGCGAAAGUAUCUUUGACUCAAACAGUGAUUGGAAGUGGAGUUCCUGCUCCAAAGGUGGCAGCUUUCUCAUCUCGAGGGCCAAGUCCACUCUACCCUGGGGUGCUCAAGCCUGAUAUCGCUGCACCAGGGGUGAACAUUCUAGCAGCAGCAGCGCAGCUUGGUAGUUACAAGGAAUUUGGGGCCUCCUACUACUUAAAUUCAGGCACAUCAAUGUCAUGCCCUCAUGUAUCAGGCAUUGUGGCUCUACUCAAGUCACUCCAUCCAGACUGGUCACCUGCUGCUCUCAAAUCGGCACUCAUGACUACUGCACUUGUCACGGACAACAAUGGGCUUCCACUGCUAGCUGAUGGAACCCCCACAAAGAUUGCGGAUCCUUUUGAUUACGGAGCUGGGUUUGUUAAUCCAGUUCAGGCAAGUGAUCCGGGGCUCAUAUACGACAUCGACCCUUCAGAUUACCAAAAGUUGUUCAAUUGCACGGGUGGGUCAGAUAUUAUAGAUAGUAGUUGCCCAACAAUCGAAAGAUCAUUAAUGGACUUAAAUCUUCCAUCGAUUACGAUUCCGAAUCUCAAGACAUCAGAAACAGUAUCAAGGACGGUCACCAACGUGGGCCAACCUGAUGCAGUGUAUAAAGCCCUUUUUGAGCCUCCUACUGGCGUGGAUAUGUCGGUCGAACCUCCAAUGUUAGUGUUCGGUAAGAAGAUGUCACGGUCUUUCAAGGUAACAUUCAAGGCGACACGCAAGAUCCAUGGUGAUUACUCAUUUGGUAAUCUGGUGUGGCAUGACGGAGGCAGCCAUUGGGUCCGUAUCCCAAUUGCAGUUCGUGUUGUAAUCCAAAACUCCUAUUCCACUGUCUUCUAAACCAUACUUGUUCAUGUAAGCAAUUGAGAUUGUCUUGUCACUGUAAUGUCGUGUAACAUCAUGGCCGUUUAUGGUUCUUACUACGUAAAUAAAUUUGGAGCAAUAACACCUUACAUGGGUUAAAAUAACUCCCACGACA